GUCGAACGCACUCCUCGAUUGUCGUCGCUGUAAUUUCCAUCGGACUUGAACGCAGCAUACGUGGGACACGGAAGCUCCUGUAUCGCAGCCUGGUUUCUCCCGACCACAGCCAGCUAGCCUGCUAGCAUCACCAGCCUGGCGUUGGACUCUGGCACGGCUGCGCAUGGCUCGUCGUCUGGAUAGUGAACCCCCUGCAGUGAGUGGAUAACCCGCUGCAGAUACAAACACACCUGGGAGAGACCUCGAAGCUGCUGCCUCUCCCGGCGUCUCCCUGCUCGAGUCUCCCGUCGAAGAUGUCAGCUUUCUCCGAGGCGGCUUUAGAGAAGAAACUGUGCGAGCUGAGCAACUCGCAACAAAGUGUGCAGACCCUGUCGCUGUGGCUCAUCCAUCACAGGAAACACUCGAAGACCAUCGUCAGUGUUUGGAUCAGCGAGCUGAAGAAAGCUCAGGUACCACGCAAGCUGACCUUCCUCUACUUGGCCAAUGACGUCAUUCAGAACAGCAAGAAAAAGGGGCCAGAGUUCACACAGGACUUUGCUCCGGUCAUCGUCGAUGCAUUCAAACACGUGUCCAGAGAGGGCGAGGAUGGCUGUAAGAAACAGUUGGGUCGGGUUCUGUCCAUCUGGCAGGAGAGAGGAGUAUACGAGAACAGCCUGAUCGAUCAACUCUCUCAAGUCUUGUAUGGCGAAAAAAAGGCUAAGAAGAGGUCGUAUGAGCAGAUCCGACCCGAUGAUGACGACUUUGCCUCCCAGAGCUCUCCAGCUGAGCCCCCACAGACAGCAGAGUUAAUCCGAGCUCUGCAGGAGCUGGAAAAUGCAGCCUCUGGCGACUCAGUGCUGCGUCAGCGAAUCUCCUCCCUUCCUGCUGAGGUGCAGGACACGUCACUGCUUCACAGGAUCACAGAUAAAGAAUCAGGGGAGCGGCUCUCCCGGCUGGUGGAGGAGGCCUGCAUGCUGCUCGCAGACUACAGUGGUCGCUUGGCAGCAGAGAUAGACGACAGGAGGCAGCUCACGCGCACGCUAACCGUCUUCCUGCAAAGCCAGAAGGAUGGCUUGGUCCAGAACGAGCAGAAACUCGAAGAAUACAAACGCAAACUGACGAGGGUAACCCAGGUCCGCAAGGAGCUGCGUUCGCGUCUGAACAAUCUUCCAGGACGGAUCUACAACUCCUCGGACUGACUGAAGUUUCACCUCCCGACCUUGUACCGGACAGGCCUCCGACUGAAACGUCUCCACCUGCAUCUCAGAUGUGUGAUCAGUGACGUCGCCACAGCCUCUGUUUUUGAUUUUUGGAAAGUGUCUUGCGUGUCCCUCUUUGUUGACCUGUGGUUUUCUUUCUGUCUUGGAACAGAUUUAUUUAUCCACAUUUUUCUGUUUGUGAGCUCAUCUCUUUGUGCUGUUUAUCAGUGCACUGUACACAAAGACCUAAAAUCCUCAGACACAGGCCUCCCAUGCUUUGGCCCCUGACCAUCAACCUUUUACAGCUUCACAGUGGUACGGAUGAUGCUGGUGUGAUAUUUUUGUAUUUAUAGCACAGUGAGACGAUAAUGCACCAGAGUAUAAGCCCUAAGUGUUACCAUUCAUUAUUUGGAUUGCUGUCAUAACUUCCUUUUGCUCUUUCUUUGUAGCUCUUUGUUUAAGGUACUUGCAGCAGCUUCUUACAAACUGGGAUGAUUUUUAUUUUAUGCAGUGCGAUAUGGCCUCCAAAGAGUAUUGUGUAUUUGUGAAAUCAUUAGCAAACCAUAUUCAGAGGCCGAGAUGAAAGCCACGAGCCUCAAAGCAAACAUAUGUAAUUAUCAUUUACAUAAAGCCUCUUUGUGAGAGGGCUGUGUAUCAUCUGUGAUUGUAAAUGGCAUGUAAAUAUAAUGGAGUUAUACCUUUAAGCGCUCAUGAUUUGUACCAACAUGGUCAUUCAGACAAAGUACUGAUUUGCCUCUAUACAAUGAUAUACUUGCAGUUGCCCAUUACACCCAACACGGUAAUGAAACAAUGAGUGAAGCUGUCUGUUGUCUUGUUUACCAUCACACACAUGAUUGAUCAUUUUACCCUCAAGUCUGCUGUAUGCUGUGCCGACACCUCGCGCAGUUUGAGAAGAGCCCCGGUUUCCCAAGUGUGAUGUAAAAGCAGCCGUUUGUUUUUGUGGCUGUGGAGCAAAUUAGUCUAAGAACCAAAAUAAACAAAGUGUUCAAACCCCUUCA